ACUCAAUGAGCAAUUGGAGCUAUGUCAAACCUGUAGCCUCUCCUUUAAUUUGUGGCAACGAUGUUUGGUCAUCCGCCCCAGGGGAAUUUGGGACAAUUCAUUAGAUCCAUUUUAAACUUGAGGGUCGAACCUCGCAUCAGGUUCGCGUCGUUUGCAGAGGCAUGGCGAUGAAGCGCAAGAUGCGCAAGGCGGUCAAGGCGAUGGAGGCUCUUUGCCAAAGAUCUUCAGCAGACCAAUGGUGCCUGUGCUGCCCGGGCCACGUCGAGCUUUCGUGACAGAUGAGACGGACCUGCCCGCAUGGCUUUCCACCAACUCUUUGGAGGCCGCACUAGCUGGACUUUGCUUGUUUUUGCCACUGCUUUCAGUAUCACAGGCUCGCCUGGCUGCUGAUGUUGGUAUGCAGGCCAGCCAACAAAAUGCUGAAAAGCAGAUGAAGGCAGUGCUCUCUGCAGCUGGUGACUUGGGAGGAGCUAGCAUGUUUUGGGCAGAGGGGAGCCUUUUUCCGCAGGCUGCAGACAUGGUUCCGCUGCGAGAAAGGCCCAGCCUUCUCAAGGAUGUGGCUGAUGCAGAUGAGUUCUUGCCACUGCCCUUAGCGCGGGGGCUUGCAGCCGCUGCACAGGUCCUUGCCGCCCUGCUGUGUGCUGCUGCUGCCAGUGGGCGCCAGGCCGUGCUGGCCGUCUCUCUGACAAUCGUCCUGGGGCUGUCGAUCUACCUUCAUCGUAUGCGUUUGCCCUUCUUGCACCAGAUUCGUCGCAUUGCUUCUGUGACUGAAGAUGCUGCAGCCCUCCGGCUGAAGCAUCUGGCCGAGUGCUAUGAGGUGCUUCGAGUUCAUGGUCGGCUGCAAACGCUUUCCGAUGACUAUGAGGCCCUUUGCCAUGACCGUGCACUGGUGGCCACUGCUGCAGAUGCAGCUGGGAGGUGGCUUUACACUCGCUUACACUGCUGCGUAUCGCUCCUGGUGGGAUUGCUUUGCUUCUCCACAUUGACACAGGCGCCUACAGCCUUGCCUUCACGCAUGGGUCUUGCUGUAUCCAUUGCUGCGUUGGUGCAGGUGGCGGUUCUACCGGAUGCUGUCGUGGAGUUGGUGAAGUAUGGCGGUCUCUCCACUCAUGGUUUGGCAGCUCUUCGGCGAAUGUACCAGCUCGUGAAGGAGACUCAGAGUGAGGAGCUCGAGAGUCCCAUUUUCAGUGUCUCGCGGGGCGAGCUGCCCACAGACCGACGAGGCCUCGGUCAGCCCAUUCAUCGGGCUCGAAGCGGCAAGGUUGCAUUGGGUGACUUGAUGGUUGACAAUGAGCUGCCUGAAGAUGUGAUCAAGUCCAAGAAGGAGCAAUCAUUUUCAGUGGUCGGCUUUCCUGUCGAAAAGGUUCCGGCAGACUGGCCAUAUUUUGGAGCCGUGGAAUUUGAAGACGUAACGGUGAGGUACUCCACAGAGUUGUCACCUUCUGUGUCAGAGUGUUCUUUGCGGGUACCUGCAGGGAAGGCUCUCCUGGUGGUUGGUGAAGAAAGCUGUGGCAAGAGCACCCUGCUUCGCACCCUGCUCCGCCUGGCUCCGGAGACGCAGGAGGCCGGCCGUGUGCUGGUGGACGGCAUUGACACUCGUUCCGUGGGGCUGUCCACGCUUCGAGGUCGUGUCGCUGUGGUGCCUCAGGAGCUGGUCCUCUAUCGCGGGACUUGGCUUCAAAACUUGGACCCCAUGGAGGAGUUUUCUGAGGAGGAGGUGCAAAUGGUCUUGCGCUUGACUCGCUUCGAGAAUUGGAUGCUGCGCCAUGCGCCAGAUGGGCUUCACCAGACACUGGAGGAGGGGGGGCGCUCCUCAUGGUGCUGCCGCUGUCUUGCUGGGUGUGUCCCGGGCAAUGCUGAGGCUGCUCCAGAAGCGGUCAAAGCUGCUUCUGAUGGAUGCCACCACCUGUCGCUUGAGUGCGUCCUCGGAUGCGGACCUUACUGCGCUUGUGCUCCGCUAUUGCCGCCGCGCUGCUGUCGCAGUGAUGCAGGUGAGUCGCAGAGUGCAGCAAGCGCCGCUCUACGACGAGGUGGCUGUCAUGGCUUUGGGACGAAUCCUCGAACAAGGCCCUGCCAAGAAACUCUGGGUCAAGGAUGGUGCUUUGCGGCGCAUGGCAAAAGAGCAAGGUCUGGACUCCGCAAAGAUGACCAAAGCAGAUGCUCUUUCCGCACGGCUUGGCUCAGUCUGGGGCUGGGAGGUGAGCCCUCAAGAAAGUCCAGCUUGGCAAGACGAGUUUACAGUGGGCAUGAAAAAGGUAAAGGCAGAGAAGGAAAAGAAGGAUUCAAGAUGAUUCAAGGGGGCUUUUGGACUGAAGAUCACGGGAGAGAGGUAGAUACGGUCUUCAAAGAAGGCUUUGAUAUUGUCGCCUCAAGGUUUCUCCAAUGGGGGAUCCUAAAGGACACAGUAAUUCAUUCAUUGAAAUGAUCGGUGAGCAGUUGAAGAAGGAUCAGAAUAUGGC